UAAAAGUAGAACUUUAAAUAACGCAGGCUGUCAUUGUUUUAGUGGAGUUAAAUUAAACCGGCUUCUCCCGGCUUUCACUCACAUGUCCGGCCGGUGAAUGAGCUCUACGCCGCAGAAAUCUUCAGCACUCUUAAAAUGAUGCAAUAUUAAACAUCUGUAAAAGUGAAAUGGCACAUUUUCCACUUUAUAUGCCUAACAUUGAUGCGAUUCUUCUUCCGCUUGAUAUGUUUAAAAUGCAUUUUCACUCAUUAUUUUAUAAUUUAUGAGGUUGUUUUUUUUCAAUAAUCAGGGUUAUUGAAACUCCCUCAUAUCAGUCAACUUCUGCUUUGACACCCAACGAUGAAUUUCAGAUUGCGGUUAACACUUUUAUAAUCUAAACAGUAUUUAUAGUCAAAUAAACAAUUAGAAGUUUUAAAAAUUGUUUGUAUAACUACACACUUUUUUUUCCCCUUUCACAUUAUGUGCCUCUUGCGGUCUUAUGUGCAGUAUUACAUAAAGUUGUAGUGGGGUGAUGUGAGGCUGUGUUGUAUAAAAACUGUGGCAAUAACAGAGCUGCCUCAGUGCUUAGGACCACCAGCCAGCCUCCACUUAUAGUGUCUGCAGCAGGGGGAGCCACUGCUUGACAGAAACACACGGAUCUCUGCCUGGGCAGUGGAGCAAGGCAAAACAAUAGAGUUCAUCUGGAAGUGUUUGUUAAUAUUUUUGUUUUUCUUGUACAAAGCCCUUGUAGGCUGUUCUUACUCUGUGUUUGUCAAAACAAAGCAUUAAGCUGUGCUCAUACAGCAGACAGGCAGGACUUUCUGCUUGUGCUGAAAAAAUCAAACCCCCUCCUUCAUGUGGAGACCAGGUCAGGGAAAGUGGCUCAGGGUUUUCCUCAAGGACUGUCAUUACGUUUUUGCUUUGGACCCUAAUUUGGAAUUGUGGUAGUAUCAUAACCCUGUAUUACAACUUGAUUGUGGAUUUGGGUUUUGCUCGAGAGGCGGCUUGAAUUUGAGACAUAUUUUGAUAACUCUUUGACCCACUUUAAGGUUCAGGGUUGACUUGCAGCAUAUCAUUGCCUUUGGAGAGGUUGCCAAGUUUUCUUUGAGACUCUUUCCACACUCUUGUGGUAAAAUUGGCUUAAUUUCUUCUAGUGAGUUUGUUGCCGUACGCUGAAAUGUCACUUUAUAUGUGCAAUAGUGUAAAAAAUGCUGAAUCUUAGUAAAAUUAUUUACAGGGCAGUUAAUUAAGAAGCCCAGCAGAAGCGAGUGAAAGAGACGGCCAAACUUUAUUUUGUGUAACCAUGCCUCAACUGAAUUGGAUAACCGCAGAGUACUGUGAUUACAUCAGCUGCUCCUCUGCUAGUGCCCCCCGUAUGGAGGAUGAGGAGGAUGAUGUGUUUGAGCCAGAUCCCAACUGCUGGCGCACACCCUUCAGGGAGAUAAAGUGUGAAGACCGGGGCACUCAGACGCCCGGUCCUGGCCAGGCACUACACAACGGCAUGCUGCCCUGUGGUGUUGUGGAGGAGCCCAGACGACUAUUCUACGGUAACGCAGGUUUUCGAUUGCACUUCCCAGCGCACUUCGAACUUGUCGGGGAUUUUGACGCGAGGCAACAAGAGGAGCAGAACAGGAUGGAGCAGUUACCCCUGCACCAGCCGGCUGCACUCAGCUUGGAGGCCUGCAUCGGGCAGAAACUUCAGCUGAUAGGCGACCAGUUUCACCGGGAACACUUACAACAGUAUCAACAAAACCAAAGAAAUCAGGGGCCGCUGUGGUGGCGCAUGACUGCAGCUCUUCUCAGCCUCCUGUUUGAUAGGGGGUUUAUUGCUGGAGGAGGUGGAGCAGGACGGAGGUGAGGGGGAACUUCCUCUUAUAUCCUUUGUCUUCAUCUCUGUUGGGAUGAACUGGACUCCUGAAGGCACUGUCCAAUCUAACACGGGUCUGUUUGAGGGAGGAAAGAAAAGAGGGAAAAUAGUCACCGCGGGACGGCGACAACCAAAUUUUAUACAAGGGCGUGUGUUUUUUUCUUUAAAAGAAGAUGCCAUGAUGCUCCGGGAUUCAUCUAAAGGACAAUGUUUAUAUUUAGGCCUACAUGUCAUGUAGUCGUCUUGUACAGUAUAUUGUUCUUUUUUUUUUUCUGUGCACUUCAAUAUAUGUCCUUCUUAAAAGACCUGACCUCCACAGACCUUGGGAAUGCCUUAUUCAGUGUCUUCUGCCAGAAGGAGAAUUGAGUGUGGUUUUUUUUGGGGGGUUUUUUUGGACAAGCAAGGUGAGAUGGUUAAGGAAAUGAAAGGAAAUGUGGUGUGACGGUUUCUUUUCUGAAGUCCCCCAGGAGACCAGUCAAGUUAAUUUACUCACUUCCAAAGAGGCCACUUCCCAGAACAAAGCAUUUUGCACCUCACCUCAAUGGAACAUUUAUCUAUUUAUCUUUUCUAUGUAUUUUUCUCUUUAUUUUCUGUGCUUUGGUGUCAAUCUUAACCCGUCAUAUCUUUUAGGAUUUUAGGAAUAAGGUAAACAUUCUGUACAUAAAUAAGUUGGCACACUGAGAAUUAUCAAAGUGUAGUUGUGCGCUGCAUGUUAAACAUUUGGGACUUUUUCAACUAUAUAAGAGGUGAAAUUUGCUAUUACCUGGUUAAAUGGGCCUGAUUGGUGCCAGCAGACCUGAUAAACAUCAAAAAAGACUUUAGAUAAAUAUCAGACCUUGUGCAGAUGACUCCACUUUUAUGACUAAAGAACUGACAAGAUAAUUUAGCUUUAACUACAGUUCAGUAGUGGAUACUUGGCAUGCAAAUCAUUUACGUAUUUUAGGAUCUUGUUUUGCUGGUCAAGUUCCUCCUUCGUUACGCUUGUCCCAAUUUCCGUGAUGAACAUUAUUCUGACAAACCACUCAGAAUCAUGAAAGGUUACUAAUUAAAACAAUUAUGUUCCCCAUUGACUGGACAUUUUGUUACACAAUGGAAAACUUGUUUGGUUACAACUGACAUAACGGGUACUGAUGAUGCCCAGCAGGCCUUGCCCACUCUGGACAAAGAGCAGGAUCGCCCACAUACACUGAAAAAAGUACCUCUUUGGAUGAACAUAAAGAAUCAUGGAAAGGUUUUCCACCUGAUUACUUUGCUUUAUUUCAGCACCAUGUAAUUCUG